AUGUCGUCCGAUACACGCCCAUCGCCUCGCAGGGCCGGCUCCUACAUCCUCGUCUCCUCCUCAGCGCCCCUUGACGAGUCUGCACCGGUACCUCUCGAAUAUCCUCCACGCUCCAGGCCAAGGCUCUUCUUCCUCCUGCCUUUCGUAGCUGCUCUCGAUAUUGCGCUCGCCUUCACUCUUGGUGUUCUCGUUCUGCGCCAAGAAGCAAAGCACAAUGACUCGGACGCAAGGCGACCUGGUCAUCCACCAACCCAAGAUCCCGUCAUAUCCAGCUCAUCCUUCGUCCCGGCUCCUCAGCUAGACGAGGCGGCAUGGCAGCGCCGCAAGAUUGUGCUCUUGGUCAUUGCCUUCUCCAUGACUCGCGCCUUAGCUUAUGCCAUGGUCGGUUUUAGCAAACAUAUUCGUCAGCUCGGUGUGACUGUAGCUGCCAUCAGCAUCCUCAGCACGCUGUUCUACGUCUCCAUCGCUAAUCUUCUCUUCCAGGCGAGAGGCAAGCCGGACAUUCUCGCGACGCCGCCCCCCUUCUGGUCAAGCUUGGUAUCCCCGGACCAAUGGCGCUGGCCACACGCAGUGAAGCACUUCAAGCCGACCAUGUCCAUCCUUGUCGGCGCAGAAAUGGCGUUCACAGUCAUCGAGUGGGUGCUGUUCAUCGCUGUGGUUGGCGUCAAAGUUCCGCCCGGCGGCAAUCCUGCUGAAGCGAAACGAUGGGCCAGAGGUCUGGCGGACGAUCCGCACUAUCAACGUGGAGCGGAUGCGCAAAGUCUGUAUCCUUCCGACGAUGGGGAAGAGACAGAGGAAGAGACGGCACGAAAUGUCGAGAGGAGCACAGCUGUCAAUGGUCACGCCGUCCAGGAUUCGGAGACUCAAACGAGACCGCAGCUUGCCUCGCCCAUUUCGACUCUGUCGAGGAAGCCGACGGACGGAAGCGAUCAGCCUUUGCUAGGGGCCACUUCGUCCACGCCCCAAGGCUACGGCAGCACUCUCAACGAGCCGAGAACACCGCAAGGCCCCUCGCAUGUACACCAACCCUCAGCGACACACUCCCAAGCAAGCAUCCGAAGCACACGCUCACCAGUCGCAUCCACCACAUCAGCGCAGGGCAUGAGUCGAAGCGCGUCCGCUCGCUCGGGCAUCUACUCAAAAUCACCCGGCGCCGCCGAGCUCGGCGGUCCUCAUCGACACUCAGAGGCCAUCGAAGACGAGGACGCUGAUGGGCGGGAUGAAGAGGGCGACGAGGAGGCAGAAGGUAGCGAUCCAGACGAUAUCAUCGACAUUACACCGAACCGAGCUGUUGCGCGUAAGGAGGCACGUCUGCGGCUUGCGCGGGCAGCGCUGCCCGAGAGGCGAGCCUCAGGUGGCACGCUGUCGACGCUCAACAUCUUUGGAGGCGGUGGCGGUGGCAGCGGUGACACCUCUUCAGCCAGGUGCGGCGACGGCGAAGCAAGAGGACCCAACGUCUUCUCGGAUGAAGCAGGCAGUCCCGUCGCGCGCAACUCUCGACAAGACCCGAACUCGGCUGCUCUCCUGCCCGUCAUGAGGGACGCGACCGGGUCUGCAGACACGUCCAUGCAGACCUCGACGUCCAUGACGUUCCCAUCCAGCAGCAGCACACGCACCGUCUCGACCCAGUCCAGCUCGAUCAAGAGCAAGAUGAAGCUGCCGAGCAAUCUCUCCAAGAUACCGCCGCUCGCCGCCAACACAUCGCUACGAGUGCUGCGCGCCUCGACAGCUCUUCUCCCCACCAUCCCGCGAUCGCCGCUCCUCAAGCUGACGCCCUCCGCCCGCACGCCCGUCGCUGCUGCCGCCUCUCGUCUCCAGCAAACCACCACGCACUUUUCCACCAGCUCCUCUGUCAGCAUGCCUCCCGUUGCCAAGCCGUCCUCUACGCACUAUGACAUGGUCGUCAUCGGCGGUGGAUCGGGCGCCAUGGGUGUUUCGCGCCGUGCCGCUGCCUACGGCAAGAAGGUCGUCGUCAUCGAGGAGGACGGUCGACUGGGCGGUACGUGCGUCAACGUCGGCUGUGUACCCAAAAAGCUCAUGUGGCACGCCGCCGACAUCGCCGAGCACCUCAAGGAGGCGCCCGAGUACGGUUUCGGCGACGUGGUCAACAAGCCCAAGGUACCCGCGUUCGCGUGGAACUACUUUGCCGAGAAGCGAGACGCCUACGUUCGCAAGCUCAACGGCAUCUACGAUCGAAACCUCGACAAGGAUGGCGUCGAGUAUCUGUCGGGACACGGAAAGCUCACGGGCAAGAACGAGGUCGAGGUGACGAUGCGUGGUGAGGACGGCAAGUUCACGGCUGGAACGCACAAGGUGACCGGUGACCGAAUUGUGAUCGCUACGGGUGGACGACCGAUCAUUCCCUCGGACGACAAGAUUCCCGGUGCCUCCCUGGGUGUCGACUCGGACGGCUUCUUUGCGUUGCGCGAGCAACCCAAGCGCGUGGUCGUCGUCGGAGCCGGUUACAUCGCCGUCGAGCUCGCCGGCGUGUUCAACACUCUGGGUUCGGAGACGCACCUGCUCAUCCGCCGCGACACCUUCCUCCGUCCGUUCGACCCCAUCAUCUCCGAGACGCUCCAGGAGUACAUGUCCAAGACCGGGCUCAACGUGCACAAGCAGACGAACAUCACCAAGGUCGAAGGCACCAAGGGAGGACCGUUGACGAUCCACACGGACCAAGGCUCGACCAUCGAAGCCGACUGCCUGCUGUGGGCCAUCGGUCGUCGACCCAACACGGACAACCUCGGACUCGACACCGCCGGCGUCGAACUCGACAAGGGCGGCAACAUCAUCGUUGACAAGUACCAGGAGACCAACGUAUCCAACCUCUUUGCGAUCGGCGACAUUCAGGGCAAAGCCUUGCUGACCCCAGUGGCCAUCGCUGCGGGUCGAAAGCUCAGCAACCGUCUCUACGGCCACCCAAGCCUGAAGGACGACCAUAUGGACUACGACAACAUCCCCACCGUCAUCUUCUCCCACCCCACAUCGGGCACUGUCGGCCUCAGCGAACCCGAGGCGAUCGAAAAAUUCGGCAAGGACAACGUCAAGGUUCACACGUCCAAGUUUGUCAGCAUGUACUACGGUAUGUUGGAAGAAAAGGCACCGAGCGCGUUCAAGAUGGUCGUGGGUCCAGGGGAGAAGGUGGUAGGACUUCAUAUUGUGGGUUUGGGAGCGGAUGAGAUGUUGCAAGGCUUCGCGGUGGCGGUCAAGAUGGGCGCUACGGUCAAGGAUUUCCAGGAGACAUGCGCUAUUCAUCCCACCAGCGCAGAGGAGGUCGUCACCAUGGUACCUAGCACGAAGAAGGCCUGA